AUGAACUUAUAUGACACAGGAAGACUUCCCUUCCCACAGGUUGGGGGUGGGAAGGCCUCCAAACAAAGUGAAGAAGAAUCCCACCGUCUGGAAGAGGUUGAAAACAAGAAGCCUGGGGGAAAUGUCCGAAGGAAAGUCAGGCGAUUUGUGCCUAACUUUCUAUGGGCCAUACCUAAUAGGCAUGUUGAUCGCAAUGAAGGGGGAGAGGAUGUUGGGAGAUUUGUAGUGCAGGGAACAGAAGUCAAGAGAAAGACUAAGGAGCAGCAGGUGAGGCCUUACAGGCGUUUCCGAACCCCGGAACCUGACAAUCAUUACGACUUUUGCCUCAUACCUUGAAAUCUAAGAUUUUCUCUGAGCUCAUAAAAUGGCUACUGUUUUACAAGCUCUUAUCAAGUGGGGGUAUUUUUUUCUGUAAACUUUUUGGUGUUUCCACUUAACGGUUUCUAUGUAAAAUUGUUUAAUCGCAUUUAAUUCAAACAUUCCUGUUAGCAUGGCAAUUUAACCCAUUUUAGAAAAAAAAUCUUUUUCAUAAUUUGAAAUUAAUAAAGCAGU